AUGGCUACCAAUAUAUCAUGUAACUGCGCAAUAAACAAUGCUAUACAAUCUCACGGUAGCAACAUAACAAUCACAGACGCGCAAAAGACUGGCUCUGACAAGAGUGACUCUUUUGUUCUAUACAUCAUACAGUUUCAAAGUAAGCUUGUGAUGCGGCGGUAUAGUGAGUUUGAAUCUCUCAAGACAGCUCUUACCCAUCUGCAUCCUGCUAUUUUCGUACCACCAAUUCCAGAGAAGCAUGGCAUAACUGAUUACGCACACGUUCAGAAGCGAGUCAAGGACGACAGGGAAAUGAUUACGAAGCGGAAGCGUACGUUACAGCGAUUUCUUCGGCGUUUGGUUUCCCAUCCGAUCUUGUGUCACGAACAUAUUUUUCAUUGUUUCCUUGAUACAACAGUAAUGUGGUCGACUGUCCUCAAUCAGCCGCCACUCUCAAAUACGCCCAAGGAUAUCUGGGGAGUUUCUUUGCCGACUGAUUUGUCGUUUGCGUCAUUAGCAAAACUGCCUUACGGAAACUUCAGUAGUAGCAGUAUUCCAGUACCAAGUGCUUCACAUGUACUUAAGUCGCCUGACCCUCGCUUUUUGUCCUUUGAGCGGACGGUAGAUAGACAAACACAUCAUCUUCACGCUGGCUUAGAUAAAUCUCAGAGGCGGUUUGUGAGAAGAUUGGGUGAGCUUACCAACGAUGCAAAUUCACUGGGAUCAGUGUACAAUUCAUUGGGAUUAAAUGAAACAGGACCAGUAGCAACCGCAAUUGCAAACAUAAGCAAGGCGACUCACAACACUGGUAGAGAAACUCGCAUUAUGGUUCGGACAAUGGAGUCUGAAGUAUCAGAACUUAUGCACGAAUAUUCACAAUAUACACGCAUUGCUAAAGACGUACUUAAUUAUUGGAGGCUCAAAAAAGCUCAGCUAGAACUCAUCGAGGCAUCGCUUGAACAAAAACGACAAACACUAGAAAGACUGAUAAAUACAGAAAAAGAGGCGGCAUUGAUAGAUGCUGCUAUGCAACAGCGCUCGCCACUUGCUACUUCUCUUACGUCAGAUGAUAUGGGGCUUUCAGCACAAGAUACAGACGACACAGACUCGCAUUCGAUCGAGGAUGGUUUCUUUGCAAUAAAAAAGUCAACACCAGUCAAAGAAGUUAUAAAUAUAACUUCUAAUACCUACGAAUACCCGACCGGUGCAAGUGCUUUAGCCAUAAGAGAGUCCAAAAGUAGAUCCAAAAAAUGGUCUUCACCUAGAAAAUUACUCGAUGCCGUGAGUACAACUAUUCAGAGUAUGAUGGACGUAAACCCUGAUGUCACUCGUCGACAACAAAUAAGUGGUCUCAAGGAUACUAUUAUACAACUUGAAAAGGGAAUGGUCAAGGCACAGAGCGAAGUAGAGGAUGUAGCGAUAACUAUCCAACAAGAAAUCGAGCGGUUUAACCAGCAAAAAGAAAAGGAACUGCGAGUAAUUCUGAUUGCAUAUGCUAAAGCCCAUAUUGUGUAUUGUGAAGAGAACUCGCGUGCAUGGAAGGCAGCAGGAGAAAAAAUAGAAACUAAUAAGGGAUAG